UUUCCCGUCUUUGCCAGCAUCAACCCUAUCCGCGGAGACGGGCAUCCUAUCUUGCUCGAUCGAUUAGAUCUCAUCACCAUCUAGAGCAGUCCUAAUGUCUAUGCCUUCCUUCUCGGGGGCAAUCCUGCAGCUCCUGUCUUGCCUUCCCGGCCUUGCCUUGGCGCCACCUCACUCUCAGCAUACCGAAGUCGAGAUUUAUCUCAGACGUCGACAAGCUGCCUCCGUGCCGGCGGACGAUAAUGGCGCUCCAGCCCGAGUCACGUACGCCGCAUUCGCCCUCGCCUGCAUGCUCGUCCUGGCUGCGCUGUUCGGUUGGUGACCGAUACAAAAACCCGGCCGCAAGGUACAUGGUACUUACUGUGCAAUGCGUCUAGGCUCUCGCGCACGCUCCCUCGCCGACAAGAAGUACUGGACCACCAUCACCUUAAUCCAGUCGAUACCCUACUUUCUCUACUUCUUCGGCAUUGCCUUCGAUAUAGCAGCCGCCUUGACCGUCAUCGGUAUUGACCUGUCAAGCCACCCUCAUUGUCGCGCCGCGAUGUACGUCUGUCUUGUUUUCUACUGUGGCACCAAGAUCAACAUUCUGCUUUUCCUGAUCGAACGCGCCCACCUCGCCAGAGGGAAACAGAAACGCCGCAAAGACUGGGUCUGGCUCUCUUUCAUGUUUGCACUGGUCGCCGGUCUCGGCACGAUCAUCAUCCUGGCGUUCAUGGCUCCGAACGGAUUCAUUGAUCCUGACGACGCGCAAUGCCGGAUCGGCCUGCCCAAGACUGCGGUCAUGGUGUUAAUGGUCUACGACAUACUCAUGAGCAUAGCGCUUACCGGCGUAUUUGUGAUGCUGUUAUGCCCACUGCUCAGGUCACGCAUGCUGGCGAGGCAAGAUCAAGUGCCGCUUGGUACAACGUCCUCGCAUUCACCACUGCGUCCAGAUCUUACUGCACAGAAGUCAAGCGGCUUGAUGAGCCAUAGGUCCCACGAGAGCGAGGUCUAUCCUACCCUAUUUCACACCCGCAAUCCUUUCGCACAGCCAUUUACUACACUGAACAUAAGCGCUCCGCAAUCAGAUCAUCUGCGGGUCCUCAUCGGCAAGACAUGUGUGGGCACCGCCGUCACAAUGGCGGCCACAAUCAUAAACUUAGUUGCGCUGUACGCAUAUAACGGCCAAGAGCAUGGGUGGAUCUGCUUCAUGUGUUGUCUGGGAGACGUGACAUGGACCGUCAUUGUUGUCCACGUUCUCACGGCUUCUCGUAAGGAAACACUUCGUCUAUGUCGACCGCACACACUGCCAGCAUUGGCUCGCCAGCUGGAUGGAUGUCUCACGUUGCCGCAAUGAGAAGAGCGCAUAGCGAAGGUAGUCUGUGAGAGGUGACAUGUUCUCCCAACUGGAUAUCAGCUCGCCUAAGGUCUCGAAAGCGAGUGGAGUGCCUACGUUCCACCCGACGAGCUGGGAGCUCAUUGCGAUGCACAUGUUGCAGAUCUACCCACCCUACGCAGAACCGCCCUAUGCAGAAUAACCUAAUGCAGCAACGGCCCUAC